AGCAAAGGCCUGGCCUCUGAGAUUGGCCAACCUCAAAAUCCCGUCAGACAGAAUCAUCGACACUCAGUCGGCGCCUCGACUGGCUCGGCAAAUACCUUCCCAACUCCACCGGGACGUGUUGACUUCGACAACAUCGGCGGAUGUGGAGAAGCUGUCUACUAUCUCACUUCGGCUGUCGAGACGGCUCCAAUAAAUUUGCCUCCGUCCACCGGAGACCGGCUCGGCAUUUCGUAUUCUCAAAGAUCUCCGCCAUCAUCAUCAUCAUCAUCAUCCAGGAGCCAAUUGCCCAGAUCACUAAGUUCAGAUCGAGAGCUGAACAGAGUACUGGUUCGCAACUGGGGGAAUGACACUUCCAGGAUGCAGCGGAGCCUUGCCAAUGGACAACAACUGGAGGAUGAGGGACUCUGGAAGUGUUACCCUACCAGAAUGGAGAAAAUUUCAGCCUUUAGUUUGGCUGGUAAGUAUGACCGUCAAACAUUUUGA